AUGGUUUCUGUCUCCACAGCAAAAUGUGACGAUGCUCUGGCCCUAUCUUUGCCGCACACGGCCUUCACCAGCUCGUCUGUCUUCUCAAACGGAUAUGCUCCCGGCUACGCCAAGCUCAACAGGAGAGGAGGUGCUGGUGGAUGGUCUCCACUGGACAGCGACCACUACCAGUGGCUACAGGUGGACCUGGGCUCCAGAAAGCAGGUGAGCGCCAUCGCAACCCAGGGGCGCUACAGCAGCUCCGAUUGGACCACGCGCUACCGUCUGCUUUACAGCGACUCGGGAAGGAACUGGAAACCUUAUCACCAGGAUGGCAACAUUUGGGCCUUUUCUGGAAACUCCAACUCGGAGAGCUCCAUUCGCCACGAGCUGCAGCACGGAGUCGUGACUCGUUUCCUGCGGCUCGUCCCGCUGGAAUGGAGCAAAGAGGGGCGGAUUGGACUUCGGAUAGAAGUCUACGGCUGCAUGUACUGGGCAGACAUGAUCAACUUUGACGGACAAGGUGUCAUCUCAUAUCGCUUCAAGGUAAAGAAGAUGAAGCUCAUCAAGGACGUGAUCACACUGAGGUUCAAGACAUCGGAGAGCGAAGGGGUGAUUCUUCACGGGGAGGGCCAGCAGGGGGACUACAUUACCCUGGUGCUGCGCAAAGCUAAGUUGCAGCUGCAGAUCAACCUGGGCAGUAACCAGUACGGCUCCAUCCUGGGUCAUACCUCAGUGACCACGGGCAGCCUCCUGGAUGACAAUCACUGGCACUCGGUGGUGAUUGAGCGCUACCGCCGGAAUGUCAACUUCACCUUGGACAGACACACUCAGCACUUCAGGACCAACGGGGAGUUCGACCACCUCGACUUGGACUAUGAGUUGAGCUUCGGGGGGAUGCCCUACAGCGGAAAGCCAGUGGGAGGAGGCCACAAGAACUUUAAAGGCUGCAUGGAGAGCAUCAACUACAAUGGAGACAACAUUACUGACUUGGCCCGAAGGAAGAAGCUGGACACGUCAAGCUUUCGUAACCUGUCAUUUUCCUGCGUGGAGACGCAGUCCUUUCCCGUCUUCUUUAACGCCACCAGCUUCCUGCAGCUGCCGGGUCGGGCAGCUCACGACAUAGUGUCGGUGAGCUUCCAAUUCCGCACGUGGAACCCCGACGGGCUCCUCCUCUUCAGCAACCUAGACGACGGAACGCUGGAAAUUUCGCUAGAAGACGGCAAGGUGGGCGUUCACGUUAACGUGACCAAGGCCACCAAGCACUACAGGGCGGACUUAGCGUCAGGUUCCGGCCUUAAUGAUGGCCAAUGGCACGUAGUGCGCUUAGUGGCCAAGGAGAACUCUGCCAUGUUGGUAAUAGAUGACGAGGAGGCGUCCGCUGUGCACUCCACCUCACCCCUGUCCAUCACAACUGGGGGGACUUAUCACCUAGGAGGUUAUUUCCUCCAGACGUUGUUCCCACCCUCCCAGCGCUACUAUCAGGGUUGCAUGCAAGCGAUCAUGGUGGAUGACCAGCCGGCUGAUCUGCACGCGGUGGAAAAAGGCUCAUUGGGAGCGUUUGAGAAUGUCAGCCUGGACAUGUGUGCCAUCAUAGAUAGAUGUAUGCCUAAUCAUUGCGAACAUGGCGGCCGAUGUAAACAGACGUGGGACACUUUCAGCUGCACCUGCGACGGAACAGGAUACACCGGUGCCACCUGUCACACUUCUAUCUACGAGCCGUCAUGUGAGGCCUACAAGCACCUGGGCCGCUCCUCUGACACCUACUGGAUUGACCCCGAUGGCAGCGGGCCACUCGGCCCAUUCAAAGUCAAUUGCAACAUGACAGAGGACAAAGUGUGGACCAUGGUCAUGAACAACCUGCCGCCCAAAACUACAGUGACCGGUUCCAGUCGAGAAAGACGCACCAUACUUCAAGUCAACUACAGCGCUUCAAUGGAGCAGGUGACAGCGAUCACCACCAGCGCCGAACACUGCGAGCAACAGAUCACGUACAGUUGCCGCAUGUCCAGGCUGCUCAACACGCCAGAUGGGACCCCCUACACAUGGUGGGUGGGGCGGGGCAGCGAGAAGCACUUUUACUGGGGAGGUUCUGGUCCCGGCAUCCAGAAAUGUGCCUGCGGCAUCGACAGAAACUGCACCGAUCCGAAGUAUGACUGCAACUGUGACGCCGACCACGCGCAGUGGAGAGAAGAUUCUGGUCUCUUGACGUAUAAAGAACACCUGCCAGUCAGCCAGGUUGCCGUGGGUGAUACAAAUCGAGCUGGCUCCGAGGCCAAGUUAACAGUUGGCCCACUGCGAUGCCAAGGAGAUGAUAACUACUGGAACGCUGCUUCAUUCACCACACCGUCAUCCUACCUCCACUUCGCCACCUUCCAGGCGGAGACCAGUGCCGACAUCUCCUUCUAUUUCAAGACCAGCGCGCCUUAUGGCGUCUUUCUGGAGAACCUUGGCAACACAGACUUCAUACGUCUGGAGCUGAAAUCGCCUCAAGUUGUCUCCUUCUCCUUCGAUGUGGGAAAUGGCCCCGUGGAGUUAACAGUGCACUCGGCCACGCCUCUCAACGACGACCAGUGGCACCGCGUCAUGGCCGAGCGCAACGUCAAGGAGGCGGUCCUCCAGCUAGACCAGACCUACCGGGCCUCUCGGCCGGCCCCUGCUCAGGGCCACACACGGUUAGAACUGUUCAGCCAGCUCUAUGUGGGUGCCGCGGGGGGCCAGAGGGGGUUCCUGGGUUGCAUCCGAGCCUUGCGGAUGAACGGGGUCACCUUAGAUCUGGAGGAGAGGGCCAAAGUCACGCCCGGGGUCAAGCCGGGCUGCCAAGGCCACUGCACCAGUUACGGCGUGUACUGUCGCAAUGGCGGGAAGUGUGUGGAGAAGUACAACGGGUACUUGUGCGACUGCAACACCACUGCUUACGAUGGCCCUUUCUGCACUCGAGAUGUCGGGGGCUUCUUUGAGGCGGGAACGCUGGUCAAGUACAACCUUCUCCCUGAAGGAGCUGCGGGAGCCAUGAAGGACUCCAAAGUCCUCAUGCACCCCCUGACGCCCCUGCAGGAGGUCAAUUCAACCAAAGAGGAAUUGGGGUUUAGUUUCAGCACAUCCAGCGCGCCGGCUAUUUUGUUGUAUGUCAGCUCCAAGACGCAGGACUACAUGGCGGUGGUGUUGAGGCACAACGGUUCUCUGCAGGUCCGAUAUAACCUAGGUGGUCUGAAGGAGCCAUUCGCCAUCGACGUGGACCAGCGGAACUUGGCUAACGGACAACCACACAGUAUCAAUAUGUCCCGCGUCGACAGAAUCAUCACCAUUCAGCUGGAUCAUUACUCUGCUGUCAGCUACACCCUCCCUGAUGCGUCAGACACCAAGUUCAACCUGGUCAAGACCCUCUUCCUGGGGAAAGUUUAUGAAACGGGGCACGUGGACCCAUUGGUGAUCGAGCGUUACAACACCCCAGGCUUCAUCGGCUGCUUGUCCCGGGUGCAGUUCAACGGAGUCGCCCCCCUCAAGGCAGCGCUGAGGAGCGGCAGCAUUAGUACGCAAGCCACACAGACGACUGCAGCUGCUUCGCCGGCGUCUUACCAGGGGAAACUGUUGGAGUCCAACUGCGGGGCAUCACCUCUCACCAUCCCACCGAUGUCGGCCGCAACAGACCCCUGGCAUCUGGACAACACAGAUGCAGAAUUCCCCUUUAACGAGGAGCGAGUCAUCCCUGAUGGAGUCAACAGAGACUCAGCCAUCAUUGGAGGGAUCAUCGCCGUGGUCAUCUUCACCAUCCUGUGCACGCUUGUGUUCCUGAUCCGCUACAUGUUCCGCCACAAAGGCACCUACCACACCAACGAGGCCAAAAGCACCGCAGAGCCCGCCGGCGAGUCGGCAGACACGGCCAUCAUCGGCACGGACAACCCGGAGACCAUCGAGGAGUCGAAGAAGGAGUGGUUCAUCUAACUAGACUGAAACAGGAAGUGGAUUGGAGAACCACACGUUAGCACCAAGAUGGAGGUGGUGACUAUGACUCCCAGGACAAUAAUCUCCCAAAGAGGGAGGGAGAGCGAAGUGUAAAAAUGUGUUUUAUAUACAUCUAUAUCCAGAGUACUAGAAAAGAUGAAGGACUGACAUGUAAAUACUAACUGGCUUGUCCUUUGUAUCGUGCUUUACAGAUAAUUCUAUAUACUGGCUCGCGUGAUAUGGCAGAGUCUCCUUUUAAUUUUUUUAACAAAACAAAAUGACGCCAAAACAACAUAUUGUUUUUAUUCAGUCAAACAUGAUGUAUAAGACAUUUGCCAAUGACAGUACAGUACAUACAGUAUGUAUCAAAUAGUUUUAUGUUCUCAUGCAUUGUUGCUGUUCCUCCCAGCAUGAUGGAGUAGUCUGUGGAUAUAGCUCGGCAUGGCAACUGUCUGUUUUUUUAUUUUAUUCGGAACUUGAACCCACCAGUUGCCAAACAAACACGCGAGUCUUACAUCUCAAAUUGUGAGUGGUCUUUAUUACGGAGAGGUGGCGAGUGACGUGUCAGCGCACUCUUGAAGCAAUCAGUCAGAGGAAACUGAAAUCUAAACUUAGAUUUUCAUUAAAAAAAAGUGAAGAUAGGUCAUAAUUUGGCUUCUCUGGAAAAUAAAUUGUGCCUUGGAAUUAUUGAACCAUUUGGCCUUGUGGUCCAAGACCAAUUAUUCAACUGGUGGACCGUUGGACAAAUAAUGUGACUUCAUUUCUAAACUAUACAGUAUGUUCUUGAAAACAAUAUGUCCAUCAAAACAAUGCUCCUGUGGUUCUCAACCUUUUUAUAUACAAACAUAGAUAUAAUAUUCUUUAAAUCACCUUUUUUGCAGUAUGUCUGUUAAACAGCACAGUAGUCCUAUCACAUAGAGGAUCUUUGACUAGUGUUUCGUUAAUUUACAUACAGUCCCUAAAACAACAGAGUUUUACUUUCAUAUUAGGGACUAAAACAGCAGAGUGCUUCUGUUAUGUAGAGACUCUUGGGCUGGUGUUUUUUUUAUUAGCAGACAGUCCCGAAAGACAGCAGAGUGAUCCUCUCUCAUAGAGGAUCUUUGACUAGUGUUUGUUUUGUUGUAUUUUUCAUUUGAAGACAGUCCCUUAAGACAUCAGUGUGUUCUUGGCAUAUAAAGGACCUUUGACUCGUUUUUUUGUUUAUUUUUUUCAGAAAGUCCCUGAAAACAGCAAGGUGCUCCUGUCAUAUUGAGGAUCUUUGACUUGUGUUUUUACCAACUUAGAGACAGUCCCUAAAAACAGCAAAGUGCUCCUGUACUUUGACCAGUGUUUUUUGUUUUCAUUUGUAGAGAGUCCCUAAAAACAGCAGCUUGCUCUUGGCAUAUAGGGAAUCUUUGAGUAGUGUUUUUUUUUUUUAUUCGCAGAUGCUCCCUGAAAACAGCAUUGUUUCGGUCACAUUGAGGAUAUUUACUGUAACUCGUGUUUUUUAAUUCAUUUGCAGACCGUCCCUAAAACAUCAGCUUUCUCUUGGCAUAUAUAAUCUUUGAGUAGUGUUUUUUACUUACAGAUGGUUCCUGAAAACAACAGAGUGCUGCUGUCAUAUAGAGGAUUUUUGACUGCAAACAAACUUCUCUUGUUAUAUAGAGAAUCUUUGACAAGUUUUUUUUUUUUUUUUUUUUUUUUAUCAUCAGAUGGUCCCUAAAAAAAGCAGAAUGCUCCUGUCACAUAGAGGAUCUUUGACAAGUGUUUUUUUGUUUCUUUUCAAAUGAUCCCUUAAAAAAACAGCCGAAUGCUCCUGUCACAUAGAGGAUCUUUGACUCGUGUUUUUCUUUUAUUUGCUGACGGGCCCUAAAAACACAGUGCUCCUUUUAUAUAAACGAUGACCUUUGAUGAGUGUAUUUAUUUACAGACCAUUCCUCAAACAACAGCGUGUUCCUGUUAUAGAGGAUAAUUGACUAAUGUUUUUUUUAACUGCAGACAUUGCAGGGGAGGAUCUUUGAUCUUUGCAAAACUGUUAUAUAAUGGAUCUUUGAAUAGCGUUUUACACUCGGUCCUUAAAGACAGCAGAGUGCUCCUCUCAUAUAAUGGAUCUUUGGCGAGCGUAGACGUAAUGCUUCUGUUUUAAUAUAAGACUUCUGGACUUGACAACAUUGGCCACUUAAUGAUAAUGUACAAAAUAGGAAUACAAGUGAAACUGUGGCCCUCUGAACAAUUCAGUUGAAUAAUCCUAUUUCUUCAUGAAAUAUCAUACAAUUUUACAUUGGCUGGCACCCGCCCGCGACGCCGAGAGAGACAAGCGGUAGAAAAUGGAUGGAUGGAUGGAUGGAUGGAUGGUUUUCUUGGUGCUGAAUCACAAUUUGUGUGUGAAGCAUGAAAGCUGCGUGUCCUGUAAACCAGCACCUCAGCACACAAGCUGCAUUAUUACAUAUAUCUUCCCCCGUUUUGUGUUUUUUCUGCAAUUUCCAGCAGCCAAAAACUUUCCUUUGGAUGUUUAUGUGAUCAAAUUGUCGCCUAUUUUGACACGGGAACUCAUUCUGCCUUCUCCUCGGGCCUCAAACAAGACUUCAAAUCCACAAAGGCAAACAAGUGACUUUCCUUGUUUCCAUACUAGAAAUAGUAGACGGUAAAUAAAGUACAUCUUCAUGCUCCAACAUGAGAAGGAGCUCCGGGUAUAAAAAAAUCAUAACCAAAUGCUUUGAUUUCUGUUGAGUUCAAUAAAGAGUGUUUGGUCUUUAUAAACUAGUGUGUGUCUGCAUGAAAACACAAAAAACAAAAAGAGCAAAACAAAUAAAACUGAUUUGCCUAAAACUAGUAAAGUGGCAUUUUAGCAUAUGUUGAGUUGAAUAAAUAUAUUUCCGAAUAUUACACUCGAUAAACAAUAUAUUAUAAUGGAAAAAGUGUCUGGUAACAAACAAAAAUAAAAAAU